CAAGCUUUCAACUUCGAAUCCUGCAACUCCAAGUGUUUCUCCAUUCUUUGCCAAUUAGUCGCACAGUUUGUUCAGUAUGACACCCAAGACUAAAGACGGGCAUAUCUGGGAGCCUCACACUGGCUUUCAGAAGGGACUUGACAGUGACGCCGUUAUCUCGCCUCAGCGAUCCAUUUCUUCUACCAACAAAAUCUUCGACGUUAUAGUCAUUGGAGCUGGAUAUGCCGGUCUAGCGGCAGCUCGUGACCUCAGUCAAUUGAAUCAUUCUGUCCUUCUGAUUGAGGCACGCGAUCGAAUUGGCGGCAGGACAUAUACCGCCAAGAAAGAUGGAUUCCUUUACGAGAUGGGAGGGACUUGGGUCACUCAUCAUAUGGGCUACUUGUUUAGAGAAAUGACACGAUACAACAUGGACCGCGAUCUCAUAACAACGGGAAGUCCGGAUAUGCACAAAGGGUACUACACUAUUGACGUACCAGGUGCUACACCACGCAAGCUCAGCCAUGAGGAAGCCGGCGCAAUGCAAGCGAAAGCCUGGGACAUGUUCGUCAACGUCGAUGGCCAAUUUGGCCGCACCAUCUGCCCUCUACCCCACGCCCAACUUGACAACCCCAUCGUCGAUCGAUUAACCGUUGAGAAGUGGGAUCAACUAUCUUGCCACGACCGUUUCGAAGAGAUCAAGCAUAAACUCACAACCGAAGAACAAGGCCUCUUGGUUUCUCUACUGCUGCACAUCUCGGGUGGAAGAAUGAAAGAAUCGAGUCUUUGGGAUAUGAUUCGUUCACAUGCUUUGCUAAUGCAUAGUUCUGAUAACUUUGCAGAUGUUUGGUUGCGAUAUAAACUGAGGGAUGGCCAGACUGCACUUGCGAAGCGUAUGUUUGAGGAAGCCACUGGAGAUGGGCUAGAGUAUGCGUUCUCCACACAAGUUAAGUCGAUCGCACAGGACUCAUCUGGUGACGGCCCGGUCACUGUGACAAGCAGUAGCGGCGAUGUAUUCCGGGCGAAGAAGAUUAUCAACACGAUUCCUCUCAAUGUCUUGAAGGAUAUCGAGUUCUCUCCACCGCUUUCACAACGACGACAAGCGGCUAUUAACAUCGGCCAUGUCAAUCAGAUGACUAAGGUUCAUGCUGAUGUUAGCAACAAGGAACUCGAGAGAUGGAACGGCAUGAAGUUCCCUGGCCUCCUGAUGUAUGGCUACGGUGAUGGAGUACUGCCUAAUGGUGAUGUCCACGUCGUUGCUUUCGGUGCAGAUGAACGGGAUACCUUCAUUCCUGAGAACAAUGCGGCGCAGACCAUUGAAGCGCUCAACAAGAUCCAUCCCAUGGAUGUCAAAAGACUAAUGCUGCAUAAUUGGGCAACGGAUCCGUUCUCGAAAGGAGGCCCUGCCUGGUGGCAGCCAGGUUACAUGUCCAAAUACCAGGACGAACUACAGAGCCGACACGGUAAUGUCUUUUUUGCUUCGGCUGACUGGGCUCAUGGGUGGAGAGCUGCUAUCGAUGGUGCUUUGGAGCAAGGCUGUCUUAAUGCACAGGUGGCACACCGCGAGGUCGUUGCUUCUAAGAAGAAGGCUGGUGGUAGUAAGCUUUAAAGUGGCGAGACUGGGAAAUGUUAUAGUAUGAAGCGGAGCUAUGUAUCAUAACAGUAUUAGAAAGCCAUAACUACGUUUAUAAAAAGCUUGAGUAUGUA